AUCCGAUGAUCAAACUGUUGCUGGGACCUUCCGCAGCUGGAGCUCUCUGUAAAUCUAAGCCUCCUUCAUCUGUGCGAGUCUGGAAAUCAGAAUGAAGCGAAGCCUCAACUACAGCUCAUCAGACAGCGAGCUGGACGACAACGUGGAAGUGGAGAAGGAUAGUGGAGACGAAAAUGGUCAAGCUGACUCUCCAGGAUCCAUGUCACCCACCACCACCACGCAAGUUCAAGCAAGGAAAAGGCGCAGAGGGAUCAUAGAGAAAAGAAGACGUGACCGAAUCAAUAAUAGCCUGUCGGAGCUUAGAAGACUGGUGCCAAGUGCUUUUGAGAAGCAGGGAUCAGCUAAAUUGGAAAAAGCUGAAAUUUUGCAAAUGACAGUGGACCAUCUGAAGAUGCUCCAUGCAUCUGGAGGGAAAGGCUACUUUGAGGCUCACGCUCUUGCUAAGGAUUACCGCAGCUUGGGCUUCAGGGAGUGCCUGGCAGAGACGGCCCGUUACCUGAGCAUUGUCGAGGGCCGGGAUAGUGCAGACUCCCUGCGGGUGCGGUUGGUGUCCCACCUCAGCAACUGCGCCUCUCAGAGGGAGGUGCACACUGGACUGGAACAUUUGGCCUGGGGCUCGGCCUAUGGGACAGCCCCUUCAACUCUCCCCCACCAUCUUCUUCUACAGCACCCUCACGGCAGAACACCAGCACCCAGAACAAAUAGCAGCCCACUCUCUUCUUGCUCCUCAUCGUCCUCUUCUUCAUCCUCUUCAUCCAGCGAGGUUUCCAGAACAUCCAGGCUCGGCAUGCUGUCCCAAACAGAGUCUCUCAGUGUGCCUCCUAAUGGCUCCCUACCCCUCAGUCUACCUGUGCCAACAUCUAAGCUCUCCGCACCUCUCAUCUCAUCUCUCUCUUCGCUUUCCACAUUCCCUCUUUCUUUUGGGGCCUUUCCUCUCAUCUCCCCAACGGCCGUCAGUACAAUGAGUCCCUCCUCCACCAUGUCAAAGCCUUACAGGCCUUGGGGCAUGGAGAUUGGGGCAUUCUGACGCUGACCACUGGACUGAAGGCAACUGCUGAGCUGUGCCCACCACCACUGGAAAUGAAUCAAAAAUGAUUCUAUUUCACUUAGAAAUAAGUUUGAGAAGUUGCAGGUGGAUUUAAUGCCCUCUUAGAAUUUCAUUUACUUAAAAGGUGAAUUUGUUAUACUGUUAAUUGAAUUAAAAGCCUAAUUUAGGUAGCCUGUACUGCCUCCAGGUUGAGGAAUGCUAUAAAAAUAUGAAUGAGCCAUGAAUAGAUUCACUGUAGAAGAAAUUUAGAGACAAAAUACAAAAAUUGUGUAAACUGGUGACCACCAUGGCUGGACUUAAAAGGGAUAUGGGCCUCUGAGCUAGAUGAAGUUUUUUGCCCACUGAAGUUUUUUUUACAUAUGCAAGUUAUGAGUAAAUAUCAGCAAAACUGUUUUGUCCAAAACUCUAGGUAAAAAAAACACCUAAAGUUUCUUCUAAAUACAGCCAUUGAUUACAAGGCAUUGUAACCCAGUCACUGAAAUACACCAAAAGCAAAAAGGUCUGGAGCUUGUGCUUAAAGCUUGCUGUUGUUACAUCUGAGGUUGGCUAAAUUAAAAAUCCUUCACUAUUCAUUCAAUAGUUGUAUAUUGAUUAUAAACAUGGAAAUCUCCUUUUAAAAAUUUACAAAAAAUUGUGGGUGACCAAAACCUCAGGGCACCAAACUAGUUGGCCCUGGUUAGAAUCUGGCCCAGUUUACUACAGAUUUCUACAUUUUAAAAGUAGAGUUGUUUAAUUUGUACUGUUUUUUUAGCAAUAUUGCAGCUAUGUACAAAUAAAAUUGUUUUAUGGAUUAAAGUUAGAAAAUAAAUGUCUUGAAAUACAUAAAAAUGCUUUUAUGUAUCUGUUAUAAUUUUUUUACCAAUAAAGUGGGUCCAAAACA